AUGGCGCAGCCGGCGCAAGAACUUGAGAAGAUGCCGUCUCCUGAUCACCACAUCGAGGACAGCGCCACUGGCGGCGCUGGCCAACAACAAACGCCCCCGAUCGCAUCGGACCUCGAGCAGGGCCGGGGCGAGGCCCAGAGCAAGCUGAUGCGCUUCUAUGCCCAUCCUUGGACGCAGAUUAUGCUCAUCUCUGUGAUUUGCUUUUGUCUUCCUGGAAUGUACAACGCCCUCACCGGCAUCGGAGGCUCCGGCCAAGUCGACCCGACCGUCGCCGCCAACGCCACCGUCGCGCUCCUCGCCACCACGGCCGCCACCUCGCUCCUCAUCGUCGGCCCCGUCUUCACGCUCACCGGCCCGCGCGUGUGCUUCCUCCUCGGCGGCUGGGCCUACGCGCUCUACAGCGGCAGCCUCCUGCACUUCAACCACUCCGCCAACGGCGCCUUCGUCAUCGCCGCCGGCGCCGUGCUCGGCGUCGGCGCCGCGCUCCUCUGGAUCGUCCAGGGCGCCAUCAUGACCACCUACGUCGACGAGUCGCAAAAGGGCCGCGCCAUCGCCGUCUUCUGGGUCGUCUUCAACUUUGGCGGCGGCAUCGGCUCGCUCGUCUCCUUUGGCCUCAACUACCACUCCGCCGCCGGCACCGUCGGCGACUCCACCUACAUCGCCCUCAUGGUCAUCAUGAUCUUUGGCUGGUGCUUGGGGUUCUUGAUCUGCUCGCCCAAGCACAUCCGCCUGGCGCAGCUGCACGCGGCGGUGGAAAAGGAAAAGACGACCAUUGCGGGCAUGUUCAGGAUGACGCUGGACACGCUGAUGCGGUGGCGCGUGGCGUGCAUGAUUCCGCUGUUCUUCUCGGCCAACGUGUUUUACAGCUACCAGCAGAACAACGUCAACGGGUUCACGUUCAACCUGCGCACGCGCUCGCUCAACGGCGCGCUCUACUGGUUCUCCCAGAUGGCCGGCGGCCUGCUCAUCGGGCUGCUCCUCGACCUGCCCAUGCUGAGCCGCCCGGCCCGCGCGCGCCUCGGCUGGGCGUUCGUCUUCGUCACCGGCAUGGUCAUCUGGGGCGGCGGGUACCAGUUCCAGCUCUGGCAGGACGGCUUCUUCGCCGCCGGCGGCAAGCAGACGCUCGACUUCAAGGACAGCAAGACGGCGGUCGGGCCGAUGUUCCUGUACAUCUUUUACGGCUGCUACGACGCGCUGUGGCAGGGGUUCGCGUACUGGCUGAUCGGCACGGAGAGUAACAGCACGUCGCGCGCGGCGGUGCUGGUGGGCCUGUACAAGGGCCUGCAGGCGGCGGGCGCGGCGAUGGCGUGGCGCCUGAACGCGCUGCAGCUGGCGCCGAUGAAGCAGCUGGCGAUGGAUUGGGGCUUGUGUAUUGGGUCGCUGAUCGUGGUGCUGCCGAUGGUCCUGACCAUCUCGGAGAAGACGGUGGCGGAGGGCGAGGGCGGCGCGGCGGCGGCGGAGCAGCGGCAGGAGGAGAAGCUAGCGGAAGAGUAA